UGGUCUUGUGCGAUGGUGUCGCCAUGGAGACAGCAGACGCGCGUUCAGGCUCCCGCAUGGAUGACCUGUCCUUGCCUACCCCGGGUCCCGAGGUUCCAGCCCAUCUGAUUCCCAGCUUCGGAGCCGACACAGGCGGAUCCUACGAGCCGCUCCCAGCCAAGGCCGGGCUGGCCCGGGAGGUCAUCAAGUGGCUGCAGAGCUUGGACCUGAGCUUUUCCUUUAAGCACAUCAAGCAGGACUUCUGUAAUGGUUUUCUUGUAGCUGAAAUCUUCUCCUGGUACUAUCCCCAAGAUAUUGACAUCACUCUCUUUAAUAAUGGAGUCUCAUUUUCUUCCAAGCUGAAGAACUGGUCAAGACUGGAAAAUUUUAUAUUCAGGAAAAGGUUGAAUAUACCGAAGGAAUUCAUUCAUGCUACAAUGCAUUCUAAACCGGGGGGAGCAGAAUGUCUGAUUCAACAUAUAUAUACUUUGCUGACAAAUAGACAAGCAAAGCUCAUCCUUGAUGAUGAAAUAAACUUCACUAACUAUGCUUACCAGCAAAAAUUGCCGAUGGUUGCAAGAGCAACUGCUGCCAAUGCCAUUCAAAGUAACCUGAAGUUGACAGAGGUUUUGGAACAACCUGAUGAGUUCACGAAUAAACAGAAAGCGCUGGAUAUUAUCGACCUGCAUUUGCAACAAAGGCAUCUGGCAAGACAGCUAUAUCCAAAGCAUUUUAAUGUCAAACCUACAUUGGGGGAGCAAGCAACAAGACUUACACUCCCUCAGCAUAAAUAUGACUGCAUAAAUGUUGUCAACAAAAGAAAUUCAGGAGCUAAAUCAGGGUCCACAGCCUCAGAAAUCCGAAGUAAAGCCAAUGUCCUAUUCAAGGAAGUCAAUGUGAAACAGGUGGUUAGAAAUUCACAGCCACUAUCUUCAAGCAAUCAAAGUUGUGGCUUGUAAAGGUUAUUAUACUUCAGAUAUUACAUUAUGUGAACAAUGUUUUAAAACAUAUGUACAUCCAAAUAGACUGAUAUGAUCUUUGGUUAAAUCAGGUCAUGACUACUUCAGAUUAACUCUCUGUACUGUGUGUGAUACUUAACAGUCUCACGUAAAUAAAUUUAAAUUCUCUCAUUUAUUUUCUCUCUGACUCUGAGCAGGCAGUCCUCCAUGCACUAGUUACUUCCAGUUCCCAGCCUGAGUAGGCAGCCUUCAUAUGCUAACCUAGAUAAUUUUGGUGAGCUGGUUAAGAACUGAAAUAUAAUCCUGUCCUCACUCAACACUUGUCCACAAGAUUGUGCAAACACUUCAAAGGCAUUUAGUGACAUAUAGUCUAGGAUGGGAUUAGGGGAGAUAGCCGACCGGUGAUGCAGUAGCAACUGCACCAGACUUCAAGGUUAUUGGUUUCGGGUUCAGAUCCAGACAGCUCCAUGCAUGCUUUCCGCCUGUGCUGAUUUGAGCAUCAAGCUAGCAUCUCGGCUUCAUAAAAAACAGAUAAACGCUAAAGAACUGGCGAGGUCACCACGUGAUACACCACAAGGUGCAGAAAGGAAUAACAACUUUGAGUAGAGAUGCUAAUAAAAUUGCAAAGGUCCUAAGGAAAUCUGUACCCUCCUUUGUUGGAACCCCACCCUUUCCCACUCAUAUGCAUUUAUCAUGUGCUUGUGGCGACCCAUUUCCUGGCACAUCCGAACCGACUCACAAUUAGAUAGCCUACGGGGGUUUGCGAGCACAGAGCUUUGGAGCCUCUGCGCCAUGGGGGGCAGGUUGAGGGAGGCUUAAAAGUGAGGCUGAAGAUUUCGAAUAAAGUUUUUUCCUUCGACUGCA